AUGGAUCAUUACAAGGUUCUAGGAUUACACAAAACAGCAUCCAAGGAAGAAAUCAAAUCCGCAUUCAAAAAACUCGCGUUUCAAUUUCAUCCAGAUAAGCAUUCUCAAUCACCAAAAGCUGUACAAGAGAAUGCAACUCUUCGAUUCAAACAGGUUUCUGAAGCGUAUGAAAUUCUCAUGGAUGAUCGGAAACGAGCCGAGUAUAAUUACCGGUGGCGUUCCGGUGCCAGUGGUAAUAGCAAUUAUUAUUACUCUCAGUAUGGUUAUGGAUAUGGUAGAAGUGGGAAGAGUUAUGAGUAUAAAAGUAGGUCUGGGUUUAAUGGUGCUGGUGGUUUUGCGUCUAAAUUUGAACUUGCUAUUCGGAUUUUGACGGCCAGGUCUUCUCUUCUCAAUCUUGGAUUUGCAGCGGCUAUAUUAGGUGUGAUGAUUGUUGUUGACACAAGUGGAGAAUCCCUUUGGAAGAUGCAAAAUUCUGGGAAAUCUUUUGAAGAAGCCAUGAACACCAUUGACAAAGCAAAAGCGUAUAAAGAAGAUAAGUAA